GGUAACAAUGGAGUUAUAUUAGUAUUAUAUUCUGCUAUCUUAUCACGGGGCAUUCAAAAAGUAAAGAAUGAUUUUGAUGAAGCUGGAUUAAAAUUAAUGGCCCAACAUGGUUAUUGUACGCAGGAAAUGGUAAAUCUAUUAUUAGGUGGUAAAGGUGUAUCUAAUGUAUUUAAUGAUACGGUUGAACUAGAAUCUGGUGGAGUUAUAACUGUAUUAAAAGGAAUUAGUAGCAGAUCAGAGAUUGGGCUCUUAUCAUUGUUUGAACAUUAUAAAUCCUGUCAGGUUGGAACGUUUUAUAAGACACCUAAAUAUCCUAUAUGGGUGGUGUGUAGUGAAAGUCAUUUUAGUGUUCUAUUUUCUAAUAAACGUGAGUUAUGUAAUGAUUGGAAAGCAGAAAGACAUUUUGAUUUAUAUUAUUAUGAUGGUCUAGCUAAUCAACAAGAAGAAAUUAAACUCACUAUAGAUACAACCAAUCGGUCAUUUAAAGCGCCAUCAGAUGAUGAUUUAAUACCACCAUUAGAAUUAUGUAUAAGAACUAAAUGGCCAGAUGCAGAAGUAGAUUGGAAUGGUUAUGAACCUAUAUUAUAG